UGGGGACGUCUGUACGAAGUACUACCCACCUGCAUUUGCACAUGUAACGAGAGACUUCUUCCGAUGCACUUACUCCCACUGACUCGACCGAUCAUCUCCGGCAAACUUUCUGAUUGCAAAAAUGCCUUGCGUGGCACGAUGAGAUCUACUAUGCAUUAUACGAAUUUACUUGUAUCUGUCUGAGCGAUUUCCUCUAUAUGCUCCCUCGUUUCUUUCUUUCGUUCUUUCUUUCUUUCUUUCUCAUUAUCUUGCCGUCCAUUUCUUUGCAUGAUCUUGGCCAAUACUGCACAUACAUAGACGAGCCUGGAGGGAGUUCGGAGAUUUCCACUUCCGGCCUCCGGGAUUGGCCAUGGUCCAAGCCACCAAAGGACUUGAGAUCUCAAGCCCAGCACUCUCCUUUCUUCUUUCGUCGCUAUCAGAUUCCCUUCUUUCCAUUCGUUGAACCCCAUCUCAUUGUUCCUACAGUCUUACCUAUUCCAAUAUGCUGUGUCCCCUGUCACUCACAGCCCCACCCAGUCAUUAUCACAGAUCCCAUGAUACAAUGUACAGUACUGUAUGUAUCCAAGUUCCCCCAGGGCCCAGGCAUGUUGUUGCUUUUUAGGGAAAUGUACAAAAACCCAAGAGAUCUUGUCCAUAAUGUAGGGGUUGAUACGGAUUACCCUGUAACUUAACUAACAAUGAAGUGAUGAUGAUGAUGAUGAUGUUCAUCUCAUGCUUGGCUUUUGCACUGUUGACUUGCUCAGAUUGUCUGAGAAAUGCUCCUAUUACUUGUGUGGACACCUUGAUCGGGAAUGAUAUCUUAGCACCUCUACUACGAGUCGU